AUGGACCCAGUAUAUCGCUGGCUUGCUUCUCGUUCCAUCUCGGGAUAUUUUGGACUGCAGGUGGCAAAACCCGCGCUGAACAAUCUCCCGUUCGAUAUCUUCUUGAUCAUCGUCAGUUAUCUGCUACCACAAGAUAUCAUCGCUUUACGAAAGACUUGCAAGGACCUACAGUCCUUGACUAACGCGCGGCCGAUAUGGACGGCGGCAGUCCGUGAGAUGUGCAAAAGGAACGGCGUGUUCCUCGCCACAUACGACCUCGAGGGCAUGUCUCUAGAUAUGCUGGAGCACGCGGCCACCGCCCCUCUGCGCUGCCUCAAUCUCCUGCGCUCGCGGAGCGGCCCGCGCGCGGACUUCACCGGCAACUCAGAGCGCAGACUUUCGCCACUGGCAAGGCAAGCCCUGGCCCUCCGACUUCCUGGCGAACGCCCGUUAUCCAGCUACGGGGAGGACCACUUCAACUUCUUCUCCCUGGUCCCCGGCGGUCGCUUCCUGCUCGCGACCUCCAAAAGGCACUUCCACAUCUGGGAUCUCGGCCAGAACGCGUAUUGCGGCGUUCGACCGCUUCCGCUGUACGUCAAGACCCUCGAUGAGCUGCUGAAGGAACCGGAGGAGCCCUCUUCAAUGGGAUGCAACAUCAUGAUAUAUGAAGCGAAGGAGCCCGGGAGAAUCAUCUUUGCGCUGUACCACGCACAUGUUGUAGGCGUCUUCGAAGUGGACUUCACAGCCAGGUCUAUGUCCGAUACGUACGUCGUUCUGAGUGCUAUCGAAGGUGUAGACAGUACGCCGGUAGUUUGGGAUUACCGACUCAACAAGUUCGCAAGAUUAGACACCCAGCGCAGCGGCGAAGCGUUCCUCUCUGGAACGAGCGUGAUCCUCCCAGACCGCACACGCAUCCGGCUGACCAAGCUCACGGAAUUUCACGAAAUCACAACCGCCCACGGACGCCGCAUCCGCUUCACCGACCUGCCCAAGCAGUGCGCCCCCCUCCCCAUCACGAUGACCCCCGCGGAGGACGACUACACGGAAGCGUGGCUCGUUCAGAAGCCCUGGUAUUACAAAUUCCCCGCCUCCUCCGAGUUCACCCUCCUCGGCUUCCGCGACCUCCACCACUUCGACAUGGCGCCCGUCAUCUGGGUAGACCCCUCGCACGUCGGCGUCCUCCCUAGCCAGUAUCCCCUCUACCGCGCCAGGAUCCCGCGGACCGUCGAAGACGAGAACUUCAGCGCCGCCGGUCCGGUCGUCGCAUCCUGCGAGGGCCACAUGUUUGUCGUCUUUCACGACUCCAUAGACGAGGUCUCGUGCAUGACGUAUCGCGCGACAAUGGACGGGACAGCAGCGCUGCCCGCCAUGGCCCCUCUCACGCUUGACCUGAUGCCGCAAGUGCGAGAUUUCGACUUCUGUCCCGCUAGCGGGAGAUUGUGUCUUCUUCUGCAUGAUCAGGUUCAUGGGCCAGACGAGCUUGCGGUGUUGGACUUUCUUGUGCCCGACCGUGGCUUGGCUGAAUGUAAGUUGUCUCCGCCCCUACGCACCACGGCGUUUUCCGGCGCCGACGAACGAGACGACAGUGUGCAAUUCGAUUCCGAUUUACCGUCCAAAUACAGUCCAAAACCAAACCUCGUCGCGUCAUGA